AUGGAUGCUAACGUCAAGCAACAUUAUUUGGCCGAUUCUCCGCCUUCAGUCGUGCGCCUGGAAAUCAAGACGCACUUUGAUAGUCUCAAAGAUGAGAACUUGCGCAAAUAUGCCCAUUACAUGAGCCGAGCUGCAUUUGAGGGUACUCGUGUCACCUUGCGCCAAGUUUCUCCGGAGUCCGAACCUAUCUAUGAUUUCAUCCUCGCCCUUCACCGCGCCUGCAAUGGCGACUGGAACAGUUUGGCUCAGAAGACGAAGGUCAGCGACGAGCACCUCCGUUUCUUCCUCGAAUACAGCGCGCAAUUCUUGGGUAACUGCGGCAAUUACAAAGGCUUCGGUGAUUCCAAGUUCAUUCCCCGGCUUCCCGCCUCUGCCUUGGAAGCUCUGUCAUCUAUCACUUCGGAGACGAAGAUGGCUUAUCAGAAGGCUAGCACUGCCGGGGGUGGUAUUUACGAGACAAGUGAACAAUCAUUGAUGCAUCUCGGAUACCCAACAGGUGGCCACAUGACUACUUACUAUCCCGACUCGCCCUCGAUCUCCAAAGAGGACAUCACGGCGGUUGGUGACCUGAUGGAGAAGAAGGGACUGGCGUUAGAGAACACCAGACUGCGCAAGACAACCUCAGGUGAUUUUGAACUUCUCAUUGCCUCUGGUGUGACCAACCCCCCAGUGAGGGAUCGUGAUCUCGGUGAGGCCAAGACUUUCGAGCUGGAAGGCAGCUUGAAAGGGAAGACGCUGCGCCUUAUCUUCGGCGAUCACCAAGAGGAGAUGUCCAAGAUUGCCCAUAACAUUAAGCUGGCAGAGCGACACGCGGCGAAUGAUAAUCAGAAGAAGAUGCUAGAUGCAUACGCUCUUUCGUUCGGUGCUGGCUCUAUUGAAGCAUUUAAGGAGAGCCAGCGCAUCUGGGUCAAGGAUCAGAAGCCCGCUUUGGAGACAAACCUAGGAUUCGUGGAGACCUACCGUGACCCCCCAUGGUGUGCGCGGAGAGUGAAUCUCGAGCGCACACGGGCCUUUGGCUCGCUAGUCGACAGCGCGGAAAGCAUGAUUCCCAAGCUUCCUUGGGGUAAGGACUUCGAGAAGGACACUUUCCUCAGCCCGGAUUUCACCUCGCUCGAGGUUCUCAGCUUUGCAUGCUCUGGCCUCCCGGCUGGUAUCAACCUCCCCAAUUAUGACGACAUUCGACAGAAUCUUGGCUUUAAGAACGUGUCUCUGGGCAAUGUGCUCAGUGCGAAGGCACCCAAUGAGCCCAUUCCCUUCAUUUCUGAACAAGACCAGGAGGUUUAUCGUCGAUGCCGUGACCCAGCAUUUGAAGUUCAGGUCGGUAUCCAUGAGCUUCUUGGCCACGGAACUGGCAAGUUGCUGCAGGAGACUACCCAAGGAGAGUAUAAUUUUGAUAUCUCCAACCCGCCUAUUAGCCCUGUGACGAACAAGCCCAUCUCAACCUGGUAUAAGCCCGGUCAGACAUGGAGCUCGGUUUUUGGCGCCAUUGCUUCGUCCUACGAAGAAUGUCGUGCGGAGUGUGUUGCCAUGGUGCUUGGCUGUGACUUUAGCAUUUUGAAGAUCUUCGGCUUUGGGAAUGGCACGGAAGACAUGGCUGGUGAGGCCGGUGAUGUCCUCUUCGCAUCCUACCUUUCAAUGGCCCGCGCCGGUCUGGUGGCCUUGGAGUUCUGGGAUCCCAAGACUCAGAAGUGGGGACAAGCUCACAUGCAGGCCCGAUACAGCAUCCUCCGUACUUUCCUGGAUGCUGGUGAUGGCUUUGUCAAGCUUUCAUAUACUAAGGAGGAUCUUUCUGAUCUUGAAAUCCAUCUGGACCGGUCCAAAAUUUUGACCCACGGACGACCAGCCGUUGAGAAAUACCUACAGAAGUUGCAUGUGUAUAAGAGCACGGCGGAUGUCGUGGCAGGCAAGGGCAUGUACGACGAGAUCACCUCAGUCGACAGCUGGUGGGGUAGCCAGGUCCGGGAGAUUGUCCUGAAGAACAAAGUCCCUCGCAAGGUCUUUGUCCAGGCCAAUACAAUUCUAGAGGGCGACAAAGUGACCCUGAAGGAGUAUGACCCUACUUUGGAGGGUCUGAUCCAGAGCUUUGUGGACCGCAAGGUAUAA